CAGGGCUGUUAGCCUCAGAUUUUGAGAGAGUUAUGCAAAAUCGCAUACCAGCAUGAAACUUCGUCCACAAGGGUAGUUUUGGGCGCUGAACAAGAUAAGAUGCAGACCCCAGCUGAGAAAUGCCCCAAAAUGCUAUUUUUAGACUGUUGUACUUGGUCCCAGGCCCCAAAAGCGUUAAUUGUAAAAAUACUGCCGCUAGUUGUGAUAACAACAUGAAAGUUAGAAAAAAAAGGCAGUUUGAUAUGCUCGAAAAGAUAGGAUGCAGACCCCAGCUGAGAAAUGCCCCCAAAUGCUAUUUUUAGACUGUUGUACUUGGUCCCAGGCCCAAAAGCGUUAAUUGUAAAAAUACUGCCGCUAGUUGUGAUAAAAACAUGAAAGUUAGAAGAAAUGGGCAGUUUGAUAUGCUCGAAAAGAUAGGAUGCAGACCCCAGCUGAGAAAUGCCCCCAAAUGCUAUUUUUAGACUGUUGUACUUGGUCCCAGGCCCCAAAAGCGUUAAUUGUAAAAAUACUGCCGCUAGUUGUGAUAAAAACAUGAAAGUUAGAAGAAAUGGGCAGUUUGAUAUGCUCGAAAAGAUAGGAUGCAGACCCCAGCUGAGAAAUGCCCCCAAAUGCUAUUUUUAGACUGUUGUACUUGGUCCCAGGUCCCAAAAGCGUUUACUCUAAUAUUGUUGCUGCUAGUUGUGAUACCAGCAUGAAAUUUAAAAGAAAUGGGCAGUUUGAUAUGCUCGAAAAGAUAGGAUGCAGACCCCAGCUGAGAACUGCCCCUUUGUGCCAUUUUUAGACCGCUGUCCUAGGUCCAAGUCCGUGGAAGUGGUUAUCCUUAUUACUUUGAUAAACUCUUUUAUUUUGGUUUUCGAAGGAAAUUUACAUAGGGAAUUAAGAAUCUUUUUUCAUUCUCCUGCAGAAUAUUGAUAAAGGUUUUGUGCAGUCUAGCUUAAAUAUUUAAAAAAGUAUUCUAACAGAAUUUUAGUGGAAGAAAUCUGAUACCUUCCUUUUCAAACCCAGUAAACGAACCGGAUGUUGUAAUGGUUUCAUUCCAUUUUCUUCAAAAGUUUACUUUCGGUCGUGCGCUAUUAAAGUCAGUUGACAGGAGCUAUUGUCUCGUUUAAUAAUAGCCGUCGAUGAAUGUGUCGACUUUCGCAAUCACAAAAUACACGUGGUAAGAGUUCAGGUGAAAUAUCUGCUGGUGCCAUCGAAAUUGCAAACAAUUCAUAUACGUUUUUUUGAGAAAUAAGACAAUGAUACGUGGAAAUGUCUAAGAAAAUAUUUCAACUGGUUAACCCCCAUAGCGAGUUGACCAGACCUAGUUCAAUGAGCAAAGAAACACUGGAGACAAAUUGGGAAAGUUGUUUUUUUUGCCAAGAAACGACAUCAGAGGUACUAGAAUGUCCAGCAAGGAAAAGCACUCACUUAGAUAAAGGUUCAGGAUACAAAAGCAUUGCAGAACAGCUUAAAAGGUUUCAGGGUAUUGGUGAGCUUCCUUCUUUCCUUGAUACAAGGACAGGCUUAACAAGCAACGAGGUAUUAGCUGGCAAUCUCUUGCAAAAUGAGGCUAAAUUUCAUAAGCGUUGCAAAAACAAAUAUGACGACUACCAUUACCAAAGGGUAUGUAGGAAAAGAAAGAAACAAACAGCUGAUGUUGAAAUCGCCCAGGCCCCACCUAGCACACGCCAAAGGUACAGCGCAGAUAAUUUCAAAGUUAGGUGUUUUUUUUGUGAAAAGGAUGAUUUGGAAGUGAAUUUGACAAACGCUCAAACACUUGGCCUGGACAAGAAUGUUCGUGACGCGGCAAAAGAGCUCUUCGAUGAAAAACUCUUAGCCAAGUUAAGCGAAGGUGACAUGGUAGCAGUUGAGGCCCGAUAUCACAAGCAAUGCCUUGCCGCUCUUUACAACCGUCUGAAAAGCUUUCAUCGAACAAAAUCUGUUCACGAAACAGAGGACGCUAUUAGAAAAGGGGUAGUAUUGGCUGAGAUUAUUGAUUAUCUUAGGGACAUGGUAGAAUCUUCCAAUAAUAUUUCCGUAUUCAAGUUAAGCUGUAUCAAAAAGCUCUUUUGCGAUCGUCUUGUGGCGUAUGGUGCUACUGCAGAAAGUGUAAAGAAUGUGCACAGUACUCGUUUGAAGAAUGACAUCUUACAUCACAUCCCAGAGCUCGAGGAAGAAAAGCAAGGAAACAAUGUUCUCCUAACACCCAAGGAAGAAACAGGUACCGCGAUUUAUCAGGCAUGUCUAGAGAAUGACCAGGAUGAUGGAAUUUGCCUUUCUAAAGCUGCCAAUAUCAUUAGGAAACAUGUAUUUUUGCAUAAGAUUGAGGACCCUGCCCAAUUUCUUGCAUCUCAAAAAGCUUCAGUACCCCCAUCUCUUGUCACUUUCAUCAGUAUGCUCAUUAGCGGAACAUGCAUAACUGAUUCAUUACCUACAUCAGCACAUAAGGCUUCACUCACAAUAGCCCAAUUAGUGAAGUUCAAUAUGGUGAAAGGUAAGCGGUCAAAUACCACUAAUGAAAUAGCCCGCCAUAGCAAAGAGCAAGAAACGCCGUUUCCACUUUACCUUGGGUUGAUGAUUCAUUCUAAAACAAGAAAGAAAGGACUCGUUGGCCGCCUCGCAAAAUAUGGAAUGUGCGUCUCCUACGAUCGGGUACAGCAUGUCCAAACCUCAAUUGCAAAGAAAGUUUGCCAGCAAUACCAGCAGCAAGGCAUUGUUUCUCCACCGUGUCUGAAGGAAGGACUAUUCACCACUGCUGCAAUUGAUAACAUCGAUCACAACCCUUCAUCUGUCACAGCAGCCAACUCAUUCCAUGGCACCAGUAUUUCGAUCUUCCAGCACCCCGAUUCAGAGAUUCAGAUGCAUUUACCAGGUUUGCGAGAAAACGAUCAAUCUUCUAAUGUAGAGCUAAAGCUUCCAGAAAGUUACACUUCACUUCCUUCAACCAAAAGUUUUGCAGCCGAAUUUCCUUUGCAGUCAGUGAAUCCUGAUAGUGUCCUCACUAAACAGGCAACGGAUGAAUCUUUAGAAUGGCUUUCAAAUUUAAAGUCACUCAACGAAGGAAACAGCACUUUCGAUAUAAAAAAUCGUUUAUCAUGGUCUGGAUUUCAUGCACACAGAGUCCGCGACACUCCAGUAAGGUCACUUUCAACACUACUUCCAUUACUGAAAGAUUCGGUAAAUUCUUCUGCAAUGGUACGUCAUACGAUGGACAUUAUCAAGAGCAUUUUGCUAGGGUUAAAUUCCAAUCAAGCACCUGUUAUUACUGCUGAUCAACCAGUGUAUGCUUUGGGAAAACAAGUUCAAUGGAUGUACCCAGCAAUUUACGGGGAAGAUAAUUUGCUGAUGAUGCUUGGCACAUUGCAUAUUGAGAUGGCUUUUUUAGAUGCUAUAGGUGACUGGCUAGAAGGAAGUGGCUGGACAGAAAUUUUAGUAAAAGCGCAGAUCAAUUCACCCGGCCGUGCAGAGUCAUUUCUAUCAGGGAGGCAAGUAAAGCGAGCAAGAUACACACAUCAAGUUUCUUGUGCAGGCCUGUAUUUGCUACUCCAAAUGGCCCAUCUUCGAAGUAAUUCCGGUCAUUCAUUAGAAAGCUGGACAUCUAAACGCCUUGAAGAAUCAGUCCAAUUCAAGUAUUGGCACAAAGUAAUAGAAUUGGAGUCAAUUCUGCUUCUUUUGAUUUAUAGUGUUCGAGUAUCGAACUUUGAUAUGUUUGUGAGUGCUCUUGAGCAGAUUGCACCAUGGAUGUUCUCAUUAGACCACACUCAUUACGCACGAUGGCUACCCAUAUUCAUCAAUGAUCUCAAGCAAUUGAAAGAAAAGCAUCCCCGGAUCUAUGAAGAGUUCAAGAAAGGCCAUUUCACAUCAAAGAAGACCAAGAGAAAAUUUUCUAGUAUGCCCGAAGACCAGGCCCAUGAGCAGAAUAAUAAGACUGUAAAGAUUGAUGGUGGAGCAAUAGGCAUUCUAGACAACGCAACUGCAUUGAUCAAGUGGAUGAUUGCAGGUCCUGAGAUUGCAAGGUUACUUGAAUUAUUUGAAGAUGCAACGGAAAAAGAGGAUAAAAACCUCAGCCAUCAUGAAGACACUGAUGCACAUGAAAAGCGCUUUCGUCAAGAUGUCAUUUCAUUCAAAAACAUUUUUGAAGAGCUUGGCAAUCCUUUUGAAGAGAAUGAUAUACUUCUCAAUUCUGUGUCUAGAAACAUAAUGAAUGAAAGGGCUGCUGAAUCAGUCCGGUUAGCCUCAGUUAUUGGAGAGAACCAAUACCAGCAAUAUGUGUCUGAAAGGCUUGUGAGGUGUAAAGUUUCCAUCUAUUCAGCGAUCUCAAGAAACAAGCUCUCCUUGUUCAGGCAGAGAAAUUCAAUCACCAGUUCAAAGUCAAAGCUUCAAGCUAUUUCAUUAAAACAAGAUCGCAAGCUAUUUGCAUCAUUCUAUGUUGCCUGCCAGUCGAGAGAAGGCGAUCUUGGGAAGUUUUUCUCGCAUGAAAAUCAUGCCUAUCCUCCAUCAUUAUCGGAAUACGGCAAGCUAAGGAAAGGGAACAAAGCAGACGUUCUUAAAAUCCUCGAAACAUAUGGCGACGCAAGAUACGAGUGCCCAAAAACUACAGCCACAGUGAUUGAUGGUGCAGCAUUGGUUCAAAUGACUCUGCCAGGGGAUGUUCAAACAUUCGGAGAGUAUUGUUCGAAGAUAUUUGUACCAAAGGUUCUCCAAGAGCUACUAGCGGAUAGUCGCCGACGAGUAGACGUCGUUUUCGAUCGGUACUUGCCAAAAAGUCUCAAAUUUGAAGCAAGGAAACAGAGGGGAGAUGGUAUACGGAUAUCUGUUCGUGAAUCAACACCUAUUUGCAAACACUGGCGUCAGUUUCUUCGAGUUGAUAUGAACAAAGAGGAGCUAUUUACGAUGCUGGCAAGAGAGCUUGGAAAGCAAAAUACAAAUGAAAACACCAUUAUUGCAACAUCUCUUGAAAACGUAAUCUGCAAUAAUUUUUUGGUCAACUUAGCAUCUCUUGCACCAUGCAACCACGAAGAAGCCGAUACCAGGAUUUUUCUUCACACUCUACACGCUGCUAGAUCAGGCCAUCUCAAGAUUUGCAUACGAACAGUUGAUACUGAUGUUGUAGUCAUAGCCCUGUCAAUGUUCGACAAAUUGCAAAUUCAAGAGCUUUGGAUAGAGUUUGGCGCUGGUAUUCACAAACGUUGGCUUCCAGUUCACGAGUAUGCUGUUAACCUUGGAACUCAAGUUUGUGCUGCAAUUCGUUUUUGGUAUGCAUUUACAGGCUGCGACACAGUGUCCUCGUUUGGUGGCCGAGGGAAGAAAAUGGCAUGGGAUACAUGGAAAGCAUAUCCAGAUGCAACAAACGUCUUCUUGAGGUUAUCAGAGUUUGAAAGGCACCAACUGGACGAAGACGAUCUGAAACUGCUUGAACGCUAUGUAGUUCUGCUAUACGACAGAUCAAGCUCGCUACACAGCGUAGACGCGUGUCGAAGAGCACUAUUCACCUCAAAAGGACGCGAUAUCGAAAGUAUUCCACCCACAAGAGAUGCACUGGCUCAACAUUCAAGAAGAGCUAUACUGCAAGGCGGCAUAAUCUGGCGACAGUCACUUCAGAGAUGGCAAGAAAUACCAGAUGUUAAUGACUGGGGAUGGAAGAAAAACGAAAAUGAGAUAUCACCAAAGUGGAUGUUGAAUGCAGAAGCCUCGCAAGCAUGCUAUGAACUUGUUAAAUGCAGCUGUAAGAGGAAUUGCUCUUCAAGAUGCAAAUGCAAACAAUAUAAUCUUGAAUGUACUGAGCUCUGCAAAUGUUUAGGACAAUGCUCGGAUGCCAAUGAAUAAGGACAACAAAUGUAUAUCUUUGUUACCCUUGUGCAUGUUUAAGUUGUUAUUGUCUUAUGCCUGAACGGGAUAUCAAAUAGCCAUUCCAAAAAUUGCUUUUUGAGGCAUUUUAUAUGUGGGAUGGGCAUGUCUCUUCAGCAGUGCAAACUGUCAUUUCUACCAAAUUUCAUGCUGGUAUCACAACUAGCAGCAACAAUAUUAGAGUGAACACUUAUGGGGCUUGGGACCUAGUACAACAGUCUAAAAAUAGCAUUUGGGGGCAUUUCUCAGCUGGGGUCUGCAUCCUAUCUUUUUGAGCAUAUCAAACUGCCCAUUUCUUCUAACUUUCAUGUUUUUAUCACAACUAGCAGCAACAAUAUUAGAGUAAACGCUUUUGGGGCCUGGGACCAAGUACAACAGUCUAAAAAUAGCAUUUGGGGGCAUUUCUCAGCUGGGGUCUGCAUCCUAUCUUUUCGAGCAUAUCAAACUGCCCAUUUCUUCUAACUUUCAUGUUUUUAUCACAACUAGCGGCAGUAUUUUUACAAUUAACGCUUUUGGGACCUGGGACCAAGUACAACAGUCUAAAAAUAGCAUUUGGGGGCAUUUCUCAGCUGGGGUCUGCAUCCUAUCUUUUCGAGCAUAUCAAACUGCCCAUUUCUUCUAACUUUCAUGUUUUUAUCACAACUAGCGGCAGUAUUUUUACAAUUAACGCUUUUGGGGCCUGGGACCAAGUACAACAGUCUAAAAAUAGCAUUUGGGGGCAUUUCUCAGCUGGGGUCUGCAUCUUAUCUUGUUCAGCGCCCAAAACUACCUUUGUGGACGAAGUUUCAUGCUGGUAUGCGAUUUUGCACAACAUUUUGGCUAACAGCCCUGACUAUCAUGCAAAUGCCCAGCUGUAGAAGGGGCGGGUGAGCGUGCAGGACUAUCGGUAGGCACAUCUGAAAUAUUUUGUUGCCUAUUUGGCGCUACAGACACAGUGGCCGUCGCAAGUAAUUUUCGUUUUCUGGGAGGUUCUUCAAACUCGUCACAAUCAGAGUCAAAAUCUGAGUCUCAGGGCCUGUGAUCUCUACGACGUUUAGGAUAGUUUUUGACAAACUUGGCAAGUAAUUGAUUGGAUGAGACGAUUGUGUCGUUCAUUUUCUGUAGAACAAAAAGUAGAUCAGUAUUAAGGGGUUGAUCAGAAGUGCACCUUGAAUGUUCUGGCAUAACAGGCCUAGAUAAAAUGGUCUCGGAAAUGGAAGCUUGACUAGCUGCCAACUCCCGUAUUUUUCGCUGUUUUCAGCAGACAUCUAUAAGAUGAUGCAAAUGAUGAUGAAGAGGAAUGAAAUACUUAUCUGGCUAAGAUAAACCAAACAGUUGAGCAGAUUAAAUUCCAGAAAGUUUGUCGGAAAACGUAGGCUCUGCAAAAACUCGUUAAAGCAACCACAGAUUGUAAUUACACACAGAUGGCAACACAAGCAUUUGCACACAACUGGUUCACAUGCACUGCAUCACAGUAUCUCGUGCAGCUCUGUAGGGAGCUGGGACCGAUGACGAAAUAGAAUUAAAACUGGCUGGCUUAAACAACAACUUACAAUAUGCUUGAACACAACAAUUGUUUUUGUAACUGAUUUGAAUAACAAAAAGGUGUCAAAAAUACCCCAGAGUAAUGUGACACAUCUUGCCUUUGAGUAGGUGGUAUGUUCUUAAUUAUUAAUUUGUCCAUUACAAAAUAAGCAAUUUUUCCCUGCCGAAGAGCUUCAAUUAACUGAGCAAUUUUAUCAGCACUCCAUUCAAAAGUUCUUGGGGAGAAAUCAUUUGGAAACUUCAAUCCAACUGGUUUGAUGGUUGUUCCUUCUUUAAGGAUCUUUUCUUUCCCCUUCCAUUUACAUAAUUUGACAACAACAUUCCUGGGGCUGUUGGUAUCUCUUGUAUCUGAUCCAAAUUGUCGUUUUUAUAGCUUUUUUUGACAAUAGAUAAGCAUCUAACCAACGCAAUCAAAGUCACCCCAGUUGAUGCUGUUUUACUUCUUCAAAAUUAUGGAGUCAAUUAACACAAACAAUAUUGCAUCUGAACAGAGAAUAAGAAAAAUAAAACUCAACAGAAAAUUUAAAAUAUUGAGAUAAUUUCGAACAUGUGCAUAAUUCUGAAAACUAAUUUCUUCAUUGCUGUUGCACGGGUUCAAUUCGUUGCUUCUUUGAAUGGGUAAACUGGAUUCAUCUCUGCUUCACAGUAAAACACGCAUUUUUGGAACACCUCACAUCAUUAAAGAUGCAACUGAUAUCAGAACACUUGAUAAAAUACAGGUUACUGGAUAGUAUGAUAAUAUAGGGUACCUUAGUAAUUGCUCAACUUGUCUGGGGACCUGAAAAAGAUAACGUUCUUCGUGUCUUAAAAACAAAAUAAUUGUUAUGUUAGCUUGCAUGGAACCAUCUCACUGAACAAAAUGAUGGGGUAGGCUGGCUUAAAAAUAGUCUGCAGUGUCUUCAAGAAGAAGCAUACAAUGGCAGAUUGAACUCUGUUUCAAUGAAGAAAGUUUGAAACCGUCUGAUAGGUGUGGACAAGGACACUUUCUGGGUUGGGCUGGAAUUCACAGUUAGAGUAGCCUGAACUUCACAUGUUUUGGUCAAAUGGUAAUGUUGGUACAAAAGAAGAAAAUUUAUAACAAAAAUUCCUAAAACAUUAGAAUAACUGCUGUGUGACAUCACGCAAUUUGUGUCAAAAUACUGACACAAAUUGUAACCAUCCAGCUCCUAGCACAUAUCUGAUAUCUCAGCCUAAGUAUUUUAAAAAUUUCUUUUUACAACUACAGAUAUAUUUUUUUCAAAUGUUGUAAAAAAUUGGUGUAAUCAGGAUAUAUUCCUCUUAUGAUCCGCCUAAAACAUGUGUCACAAAAUUGAACAUAAGCAUAAAAAUAAUAUUCGAGGAAAACGCAAUAAAAAAGUCAGUCAUGUCAAUUUUCGAAAAAUAUACUGACAAGAUGCAUUAAAACUUCCAGAGGCAUACGUAAGUCCUUCAGUUUGCUGCAUUCUGUCAUCUGCAGCUUUUGCAUGAGUCCUUCUCGACUUUUUGAUUUUUUAUUACUUUUUUGUUGCACUGGCAUUGCUCUCUUUUAUUCUUUUUCUGUGAAGCUUUUGUAUGUGUAUCUUUUUCUGUGAAGCUUUUGUAUAUAUGGGCAGUAUGGCGUCCAGGCUCAAUUACAAGCUCUUCAAGGACACCACACAUGGCCAUAUUUCCACUAUAAAAUACAAUUACAACAGCAGCACAGUCAAGAUGGACUUUUCCAGAGGCCAUAGUCUUUGGACAUCUUGCCCAAAUCAAAUGAUUUAAUGGCUCGCAGCUGUUUUGGGUGUAACCUCCAAAGCAACCUUCAAGUACUGAAUCUUUAGAAAGCCGUUUGUAAAUUGGCUUCAAAACUCCCAUCACUGCUUUGGGAAGAGGCUUUGAAUUAUGGUAAGAUUCAGACUUGAGAGCUGCCUUGUUAAAUUUGCACCAUGUAUGUGGCCCUUCAGGGCAAUAUUGUUGCUGGGGCUUGUCAUUUGUCGAAGCAGAAUGAUAAAGUCCUGCCCAAACUUCCUUUUUCAUCGCCUCCAAAUCAUUCCUGCGACGGUAUCGGGAAUCCACCAUUUUGCAUAAACCACAUAUAUUUUAACAGUUAGUUCAUUGAUUUUGUCGGGUUCUUUGUUAGUCAUUCAAAUAUUCUCUCCUUGUUGUUUUAGAGUAGCAUGCAUGUGCAUCAAAAACUCACUUUAAGCUGAAUCUGUCUGAGGUUUGAGGAAAUAGUUAUACCGCACCCGCCGAUUAGGUUAUUAGACUUAUCCAGAAUAAACACCUAUCUAACCUAUAUGCAAAUUGAUUGGUAGUUAUAAUUAAAAGUUUGUGACUCAAAACUAAUUAGCAGCGCAAGUAAACAUAUAUAUUCCACAAAUUAGAAAAAGGAAGAGUUUUUGACGCAGGAGUUGCCUAAGUGUUGUAAUGGUUUGAGAUUUUGGAAAAAAUUGAGAUGUAAAGCAAAUAGUUGUAAUUGCUUGGUUUUAUGUUUCUGCUCUUGGGUUCUCUUUGGGAGCAAUUUUGAAAAAUCCAAAAAGGAAAGAACGUCCAGGCAACAGACAGCAACUAUUUUGGUUCACAGAGAAGAAAUUCUGAGAAGAGGUUCAGAUGGUGAUGAAUGGGGGAAAUUGGAGGAGAAAUGAGUAAAAUUAAAGAAGCUUGAGGAUGAAAUUUUCGACACUUUGCUUGAAGAUGCAGAGUAUGACGAAAUUAACAAGGAGAAAGACGAGACUAACGAGUAUUGGGAAAAGAUUGGAUGCACUAUUCUAGCCAUCAAUAAAGCGACAGAAGAUGAAACCAGAAACCUGGUCGAGAUCGAAUUCAGUGGAGAGUCUAAAUUGAACGACAUUCACCUCCGGGGGAGACAAGAAACUACAGGAAAAACUUCCAAAGUUCAAUCUACGAUCCUUUUCUGGUCGGAUUCAUGAAUGGCAAGAGUUUUUGGAGGCUUUUAACAGUGGGAUCCAUCAGAAUGGUAACCUCGCUAAUGUUGACAAGCUGAAUUAUUUGAAAGGGUAUUUUGAGGAAAGGGCUAGGACUGUAAUUGCUGAAAUUCAGACAAUGGGUGCCUCGUAUGAAAUCGCUGUUGAUUUGCUUAGUAAAUGCAACUCGAGUAAAAAGAGACACCACUACAUGGGCUGGAGACUCUUGGAGUUGAUGUGGCGACAUACUCUGGCUUCAUAGUUCCUGUACUGAUGGACCACAUUCCGGAGACAAUACGGUUGAGCAUGAUUUGAUUUCACAGUAAGGACCAACUGGAAUGGACAUUGAAGGACUUCCUGGAUGGGUUCAAAAAGGAAAUUGGAGUGAGCUAAAGCCACAUGCCGCUGAAAGCUUCUGGUGUUGGCGCUUAUGGGAUCGGAAAUUCUGGUGCAGACAGAACGCCGAGAAGUAGGCCAACCGCAGAGAAAAAAAAUGAUGGCUUUAGCACAGCAAAUGCAUUGCUGACGAAAAAUUCCGCAGUGUGUUAUCUGCCUCAAUAAACACGAACAUGCCGAUUGCAGAACCGUAAGAAACAUUGCUGAAGGUAAGAAUGUUCUUAGAAAAUAUUGUCGAAAAUUAGAAAAAAUGUUUUAUUUGUUUAAUGCAAGGUCAUAGGGCAUUUGAAUGUAAAUCAGGUGUAUCCUGUAGGAAUUGUAGGGGUAGUCAUCAUAUUUCAUUAUGUGGUAGACCUAGGCAUGAAUCUUUGAAUGUAGGAUCUAGCAAGGAACCCAUUCCUAACGUAAGGUCUGCAACACUUAACCGGCAGGCGACAAUUUGGGUAGGAAGUUCCAACAGUGGCGAAAGAGUUUCAUUGCAAACAGCGCUAGCAAAGAUAAAUGGAGAUAGAGAGGGUACAGUGAGGUACAGAGAGUUCUUUUCAAUGCCGGUUCUCAUCAGUCAUUUGUUACUUCUAAGACUGUAUCUAACUUAGGUUUAAGAUCCCUUAAGAAAGAGAAGUUAUCUAAAGGUAUCAGGAGUUGUAGAGUUAAAUGCUAUGUUGUAGAUGAUAUUGCAACAAUCCCAAAUGAAAGGAUUGAUAUUGUUAAGAAGAAUUGCAAUCAUUUGAAGCAGAUUUAUUUUUCAGAUGCCACAAGGCAUGGUGACUUAUUACAGGUUUAUAUAUUGAUAAGUGCAAAUUUUCUUUCGGAAUUAAUAAAUGGGCAGAUGAAACGAGGGGGCCACAUCAGCCACUGCAUGGUUGGGUGCUUUCAGGGAAACUAAGAAAACUAGAAGGGAUCCAUUAAUUUUGCUAGAAUAUGAUAAGAUUAUUAGAGACCAAGAAACAUGGGUAUAAUAGAAAGAGUAUCGGCAUUAACAAAUGUUGGCAGUUAUCAUUAUUUAGCACAUCAGGCAGUUGUAAGGGACAAUGCCGAGACCACAACGGGGGCAUUGUUUUUUAUGCAUCUUGUAAGGCUAGCAAGUUAAGUAAUUGUCUUAAUAAUUGUCUUCAUGUAGGCCCACCUAUAACACCUCUUAUUAUUUAACUGCUUUUAAUUUCUUUUAAUUAGAGAGUAUAACGUUGCACACAUAGAAGAAAUUGGAAAGCAUUUUUGAAUAUCGCAAUUGAUCUAUCUGAUGGAGAUUAUUUACGUUUUGUAAUACGUAACGAUGAUAAUGAUAAUGUUUGGUUACGUUACGUUACGUUACGUUGAUAAUGUUUCAGCAGAACAGCCCAGAAUUGUAAUUUAUUGUUUUAACAGAGUUGUUUUUGGUGUGAAUUCUUCACCAUUUAUUUUUAAAUGCAGUUUUACGUCAUCAUAUUGAAACAAUUAAGGAAGCAGAUCCAGAAUUUGUAAGCAAAUUAGUAGAAGGAAUCUAUGUAGAUGACCAAUACAUUGAAUCGAAACUAGAGAAACGGAAGAAAAUAAAAUACAAAAAUAUCGGCCUACUGUUUGUUCUAUAAUCUUCUAUCGAAGCUUGUGGUGAUUUACCUCAGUGACGAAAAAAUGCAAUGGGAAAACGACAGAAAAGCAGUAAAAAGCCUAGAAAGACAAUGUUAUAUUUUAAAAAGGGUAAAUUUUGCUGGUAUAUCUUCUAAAACUGCGAUUAAACUCUGAAUAUGCACAAAGAAAACGUGCGAUAGUAUUGUUUACGUAUAGGCCGCUGGAUCUCAGGCUCUCCAGUAUGGCGUUUCUAUGCAGUAACAAAGCAUGUGAUGCCUAGUUCUGUCAAAUUGGUAAAGUGCAUUGGAAUUUCAAAAGUGAGAAAGAUUUCACUAACAUGCAAUCAUCUUGCUUUGACUAGUGCUAAGAAAACAGAAGCUGAGUGGCCUCAUUUUUGUCUUAACCUGGAACCACCACCAAAAAGCCUUCCUCCUUGCGAACUGCAUGAAUGUGAUAUUGAAACAGAUAUUAUUGCUAACAGACGUGCCCAAGAAAAACCACAGGCCAUUUCCUACAGCACCAGAAAACGAAGAGAAGAGACUGCAUGGGAAAAUUCUGGAGAAAAAUUGUAAGAAGCUUUCGUGUCACAGCAGUUUCUGCCUAACAGCAGAAUUUCUGCUGCAUGUGAAGAUUUUGGAAACGACUGCCAAACAUGGCUGUAUGCCACUGCAAAGAUUGUGGCUGGAAGCAGGAUUUUUGCCUAAGUUGUGCCACAUCAAUUCAUACUGACCGCAACCUUUUUCAUGUAUAUAUGGAAGGUGACCUUUGCAUUUCUUGUUUUCAUAUUUUUGCAUUCUUUAGUAUCUACCCAUAUGAUUAGGAAAUGUAGCAAUUGCACCUGUACAUUAAAGCAUAUAUUUAUUUAAAAUACAUGACUGAAUCACAUUUCAAAUCAUCACUUAUUCAAGCAGUUAAAACAGAACAAAUCUAAAGUACUUUACUGAAUGUUCGAUGUUUUCACAAAAAGUUGUUUAAGAUUUUGUAUCACAAUGUUUUAAGUUUACUGGUAUACAUAUGAUACUGAUUGCAUUUUUUUCAUACUUACAGGAUGGUGCAUUCAUCCCCCUGUUUCCCAACACAAAAAAAUUUAAGUCAAGACAACACCAGGUGGCACCAGUAUGACAUCAGAGAAAUUAUAUUCUUAGACUUGCAAUGUACUAAUUAAUAAGAUUUGCUAAAGACAGAGAUAGUAUAAUAGGUUUCAUAGACACUUGUUAUAUUAUAAUAAAGUACAUUAAUUUUUAGAGAGACUCUCAAAACAGUGCCAUGACGUCUCCAUGCAAAGAAGUUUGGAAUCGGCAAACAUCAAUAAAUUUAGCAAGAAUUGUUACUUUUAGAUUAAGUUACUUUUAAAUUGUAGUUAAAUUUGGUUGAGCUGUUGAGCGGAUGAAAAUAGCUAUUUUUGCUAAAGUAUUUUGAGUCAUGUAUCAGUGAGUUGAAAUGAAAAAACUGUCAUAAAAUAGCAAUCUUUUUCUUAUAAAUGAUUAAUCAAUUAAAAAUGUAUGCUUGUGUGAGUGCAAAAUUAUAUGGAAUGUAUUACUUAUGCACCAUUUUUAUUAAAAGUUUUGAAUGUAACAUUAUUAUUUUGUUUACAGGCGGACAGCAUAUUAAAAAAGUACAGUUUUGCUCAUGUCAGUCAGAUGCAAAGGCUCUAGUGUCCAUGGGAUUCUGGCAUGGGAUAAUAGGAAGACCAAGAUUUGCUUUUGAUUUGCAACUUAUGAAUCUCUUCACUCAACUCUUUUUUGAAUGCCAUUGCUCGCUUGAUAAGCUUUGUGCAAUGAUCUCCUUGUGGAGACAUCCUUUGCUACCAGUAAGAAGAAUUAUUACCAGCAGUACUUUGAUGAAAACAAAAGCAAUAUGAAAAUGUUGUGGAAAGGUAUUAGAGAUAUAAAUAGUUUCAAACGAAAAAAUACUGAUACAUUCUCAUAUUUAGUUGAUGAAAAUGGCUUAAAAAUAUCUGAUUCUGUCCAUAUUGCAAAUGAAUGUAAUGAAUACUUUACAAAGGUAACUGAAGGAAUCAAUUAAAAAAUCCCAAGAACUCAAAAAUCUCCUUUAUCUUUCUUAUCAAAUUCAAACUCUAAUUCUUUUUUCAUCUCUUCAUGUACAGUUAACAAGGUAUGUAAUGUAAUACAAUUACUAAAAAAUGGCAAGUCCCCUGGACCAAAUUGCUCUGAUCUCGCAGCUCUAAUAAACGAGUCCUUCACAACUGGCAAUUUUCCUGAAAAACAAAAAAUUCCGAAGGUAAUCCAAUAUUUAAGAAAGGUCUAAAGACCGAAACUUGUAACUACAGACCAAUUUCGUUGCUUUGCAUUCCUAGUAAAAUAUUUCUCUUUUUCUUAUGUGCAGCUGUAGGCAAAAUGAACGCAUCAAAGUCACUUGUGUUUAAAGGAUCUCUUUGGUAACUGAAAUUAAACGCCUUGACUUGUUUGGAAAGAAACCUAGGUUUAGCAUAUGAAAUAAAUUCGAAUUCUGCUGAAAAGCAUUUGAUUGUUUGACAAUUUUCAUUCCAGGGUAACGGUAGAGUAAGUGAAAAAGAGGGAUGGAUUUGGAAGCUAUGGACUAUCAGUGCCUCUAGCGAUUUAAAAAUGCAGCAAAUGACGUUAGUAAAAGGUUCUGCAAAUGACAUUAGUCAUAGGUUCUUUCGAAGGUAUCCAAUGUGUAGCUGGGUGCGGUGGUAACUAGCUACAAUGUGCACUGGAAGUUUUGAGGCAAAAUAAUGUCCACCCCUCUGUAUUUUGCUCAGCUCCCACCACCAACGUUGGCAAGUAAAACUCUGUAGAUGAUAGAGAGACAGAAAUGAUGGCUGCUGUUGGGAGGUAUUUUCAUUCAAUUAUCAAAUACCCCCAAGCAGAGCAAAAGGAGCUGUCACAAUGUGAACACUGUUCCAGUUAACUUUAAACUUUAAGAGAACUUUAAAAAUCUAAAUUCACGGCUCACCCCUCGUAUUAAUGGUUAAUCCUACAGUUAGCCCCACGGUUAACCCUCUUUAGAAUGACAAGCCAUGGCUACAGAAUGAGGGUUAGCCCCUCUCAGAAUUGAACAUAUAUUAAGUUUUUUUCAAGUUAAAGGGUUAAGGAAGGUUGACCGUUGAUUCGUGUUUUAAAAGCUUUGUUUAUAUUAUUAACCACAACCAUGAAGUCAAUGAUACCUUCCCAACAGUAUUACUAUUUCCGAUUUGUAUGGUAAUGUUGAAUCACCAUCCUAAUAAAACAUUGGAAUACAGUGUGAUUUAUAUGUAAUAAAGUUGUUGUAAAUUGUUAUUAGUAACUCUUAGUUGGUUUUCAAAUUAUCAUAUGAUACAGUUUUCUUUCAUAGGUCGACUACUUAUCCAUAGACUUGCAUUUAGUUUACAGUAGAGUGUCUAGAUUUUUCAUGUAUUUUGUUCAGAGAUAUUUGAUAAAUGUUUAGAUAUUGUCCAGUGGAUAUUUGUUAAAAAGCAUCAAAACUGUUCAAUUAAUGUUAAAAAUAUGAAACUUGGUGACAAGGUGCUAUGCUGAUCAAUUUAGGAUUUGGAGCCACUUCUAGAAAUAGAUUUUUGACGCCAUCAUGACGUUAUAAAUGCAAAAUUUAUAUAUGAUAUUACAAAAAGAAAAUUGUUAACUAUAUCGAGAUUGAUGCUUGGCAUAGCAUUGCCUACACAUGCGUAAGGUCUAUCUCAAUAAAAUGUGCAAAAAGUGCCAAAAUUUUACUGCACAGGCGUCACUUUUUGCUAAUCAAUUGGGUCCUCAAAUCUGCAAAAAAUCAAAAUUACAUUUUUAUGUUUCAUUAUGGUGUUUCAUUACAAAUCCUUGAGUUCUGUACGCCUUGUUUUCUAUCUAAUUGGACAAGAACGUUCAAAAGAACUCCAAAAUAUCAGUUGCCAUGGUAACAAAAAUGGUAGACGAGCAGGCAAAAAUGACGAAAAGCACCCAGUGGCUUCAUUAAUUUAUAAUGGCUUUGUUGAUGGUAUUUACAUGGAUGACAAUUUCCAGCUGUGAAUCACCUGAAAUAGAGGUUAACGGGUUGAAGCCAGAAUCCAGAGCGAUGUUUGAAGAUUCUGCCUGUAAGACAGUUUAUUCUAGAUUAAAAGAACUGUCAGCGAAUGCAUUGCCAAUCGAUGUUGUCUUUGAUGUCUACCUUGAGAGGUCGCUAAAAAAUCCAGCCAGAGUUCACAGUGGUCAGGGGUCUCGUUGAUGUGUAAAAAGCUUUUUACACUCCCCAAGGAUUGGAAGUAUUUUCUGCGCCACAGUGACAAUAAGACCAAACUCUUCUCAUACCUUGUGCAGUUCGUUCAUGAGAAUCUAAGACCCGAAGGAAAGACAGUCACCGUGACAAUCGGAGAGAAUGCCUUAUGCUGGCCUCUACACAUCUCUGAUCAAUCCAUGCAACCACGAGGAGGCUGAUACCAGGAUUUUUGUACACCUACAAGAUGCUCAGCAAGAACAGGGAAUGAAUCGAGCAAUCAUGUAUACAAUUGACACAGGUAAUGUAGUUCUUGGGUCGCUGCUGUAGUAAGAGUAAGGGACCUACAGCUGACCAUUGCAUUUGGAUCAUGGCAAUACUUCAAAUACAUCAAUGUCAACAAGCUAGCUGUACUUUCAGGUGAGCAAAAGGCCCUUGCAUUACCCAUGUUGCAUGCAUUCACAUACAGUUUCCUAUUCUGCAUCAAAAACAUGGAAAAUUGCUCCGAAUGUCACACAGUCUUUUCUUUCAGUUGCAAAAAUCCCUUGAUCAUGUCAGUUUCCAAUACUUGGGAACAAAUGUUCAAUCCUGUCCAGUCAAUAGCUAGUGCAGAGCAAUGUGGGUGGAAUUACAAUGAAGUUGUACGGUAACCAAGAUGGAUCGAUUUGCCAAAAGUGGUUUAUUUGGUUUUCCUUGAAGGUCUUCUGAAGGAUUUUUCAAGAAUAAACAAACUCGUUUAACUUGCCAACGUGGAUGUUGUCCGUUUUGGUACAGAUCUACUUGAUUUCUACCAAUCCUUGCUACAGCGAGUAGUGAUCCCAAGCAAGCUUCAAAAGGUCACACAGAAAUACCCUUUUUAGUAGCAACUUUAGAAAAGAUUUGAUGCCUGUAAGCUGCAUUCAUUUCGGAAAGCCAUAAAGGAAGUUCAACAGAGACUUCCAGAAAAUGCUACCAUAUUUCAAGCUUCAACAAGCAUCUCUCCUAAAGAGAUAACCCAAAUUCAAGAUUUAACGAAAUUGGCGGAACACUUUAAGAAUAUUUGCCAGAUAUUGAUGCUGUAAACAAGGAACUGCAACAAAUUAAAUUAAUAGAUGUUUCUGGAAAAUUGAAGGUUUUGGCGCCAUUUCAAGCAGUAUAAAUAUGCACCUGGCGAGUCCCGAUUUAAUAACAUGGCUCAACUUGCGCUGAGUCUAUACUCAUUACCCUACUCAAAUGCUGAAGUAGAGCGAAUCUUUUCCAGAAUGAACCACCUUAAAAGCAAAGUGCGCAACAAGAUGGCAAGCCCCAUUACAAAUGCAUUAAUCCUUGUGGAUGGCAGUAUUCUAUGGAAAUUCAUUGCAGAGGGAAUUUACAGAGUCAAUGCAGACAAUUACUUUGUUCUUGAUGAUAGACUUCUCGAAUAGAAACUGCUAAAAACCCUAAAAAUAUCAAACUUUAUUCAGUUAAAUUUGUUAAUUGUUAUGUUAUUUGAUAAAUUUUAUCUUUUAUCAUUAGUGUCAUCAGUUUACUUAAGAUUAACAGCUAUUU